GGGGGGUAGGGUCUUUCUUUCCGCUGGGUUCAAACAGCGCGCAUGCGCAGACAGUGGUGUGAAAGCAGCGGUAGUGUGCAGGCAGAAGUGUGUCUGUCAGAGUGUGCGUGUCACGGUGACAGCGUGAACUUCACCAGGACACCUGGAGACAUGGAGACAUGGACACAGGACAACUCGAGACAUAGACACAGGACACCUGGAGACAUGGACACAGAGUGUUCCCGCCUCUCCAACGCCUCCAUCAGCAGUAAUGAGCACGCUCCAUCGGCCACACCCUCCGACUCCUCAGACCGCCGCCCCCUCAGCCUGAUCUCAACGCUGUCCUCGGGGUCCGGAUCCUCCUGCGACGACGGCCCUGCCCCCCCGCCUUCCUCCUCCAACACCCCCAACCCUGAAGGUGACGAGGAGGCGGGGCAGUGCCCACAGUCUGAUAGAAAGGGGCAGGGCCUCAUACUCAAUAACAACAACAACAACAAGGUGUUGACAACCACUCGUGCGUCCAGCAGGCGGCAGCAGAGUGGCAACAUGGUGCCAAACUGUCAGCUGACGUACCUGGACCGCGUCGUCAUGGAGAUCAUUGAGACGGAGCGAAUGUACGUGAAAGACCUGCGAAUGAUCGUCGAGGAUUAUUUGUCUCACCUCAUCGACUGCUCUGAUGUCUCCAUUCGUCCAGAACAGGUUUGUUCUUUGUUUGGAAACAUCGAGGACAUUUACGAGUUCAACAGUGAACUGCUUCAGGCUCUGGACCUCUGUGACAAAGACGCCGUCGCCGUCGCUCGCUGCUUUGUUGUGAAGAGUGAAUAUUUUGAGAUCUACACACAGUACUGUACUAACUACCCUCAAUCAGUGGCUGCUCUCACUGAGUGCAUGAGGAACAAAUCUCUGGUCCAGUUUUUCCGUGAGCGUCAGGCGCUGCUGAAGCGGUCACUUCCUCUGGGUUCAUAUCUGCUCAAACCGGUUCAGAGGAUCCUCAAAUAUCACCUGCUGCUCCAGGAGAUAGCGAAGCACUUUGACCCUGAGGAGGAGGGUUACGAGGUGGUGGAGGAGGCCAUCUACACGAUGACGGGCGUGGCCUGGUACAUCAACGAGAUGAAGAGGAAACACGAACACGCAGUCCGACUACAGGAGGUUCAGUCUCUGCUGCUGAACUGGAAAGGUCCAGACCUCACGACGUACGGAGAACUGGUUCUGGAGGGAACCUUCAAAGUUCAUCGAGCCAAAAACGAGAGAACGUUGUUCCUGUUUGAUCGCAUGCUGCUCAUCACCAAACGCCGCGGAGAACACUACGUCUACAAGACGCACAUCACGUGCUCCACGCUGAUGUUAAUCGAAAGUGCCAAAGACUCUCUGAGCUUCAGCGUCACUCAUUACAAACACCCCAAACAACCACACACGGUCCAGGCAAAGACUGUGGAGGAGAAGAAGUUGUGGGCUCAUCACAUCAAACGUAUCAUUCUGGAAAAUCACCACGCCAUUAUCCCACAGAAGGUCAGGAACCAGAAACCGUUUUUAGACCAGUGUAGACCAAUAGAAACCAGUGUAGGCCAGGAGAAACUAGUGCUAAAGAUGGCCAUCUUAGAAAUGGAUUCCAUACAUCCUCCUCGGUAUCGCUGCAGUCCAGAGCGUCUGAAGAAAGUUUCAGCGAGAGCGUCGCCAGGACGACGACAGUCAGAGCUGAACACAGCGACACUGAAACCUGACACCACAGACAUCUUACAGGCCACUGCCAGCAGCAGCACACUGGACUCCAGUCAGAAUCAGUCUGAGGCUGAGGAGGACGGGUUGUCUCCACAGCGCUCUCAUCAGGUGGACAAGGUCCUGCUGGAGGAUGACCAGGUAGAGGACUUCUCCAGCUCUGUGCUGGCUGCCAUCUCCUGCUGGUCCCUCAGGGUUCAGGUCUUUCUGUCCAACUCGGUGACGUCAUCUGUAGAUAAACUGCCACAGGAAACAACAUCAGAAUCUGAGCCGGCAGCUAACCCUGAAGCAGAAUCCCUUUCUGAUGUGGACUCUGCCUUGAUCUUAGCAUCUCCUCGGAGGUCGGAGGAACUGAGGCCUGAAGGAGAGGCAGUGCUCACAGAGGAGCCUGAUUCAGAUUCAAAGACCUUGAGCAGUGGGGACUCAUCGGACGAUGAGGAGGAUGACAAGGAUGCAGCAAAGAAAGAGGACGAAGCCACCAGCAUUCUUCCCUCCUCUGUUCUGGACAAAGCCAGUGCCAUCGCCCAGCACUUCAGCAACAGCAUCAAAAGAGGCAGUGUGGCCCAGGACGACGCCCACUCCCUUUGUUGUGCUUCUCCACGGUUACCCAGCCGGACUGGUAGCAGCCGCAGCCUCAGCCUCAGUGCGGAACCUGUCGACCGAAUGCUGAGGCUCAACAGUGUUUGUUCUGAUCUGGUUGAGGCCUUCAGUGCAACAGACUCCACCCUCCUAUCUCCUCGGGGUGACAACCUCUUUGACGGCGACAGAGGCAUUCAGCAGAGACGGGACUCCAUUUUGUCUAAACAAGACCAGCUGCUAAUUGGGAAAAUCAGGAGUUACUAUGAGAAUGCAGAGAGCCAGGAUGCCAACUUCAGACUCCAGCGCAGAGAGAGUCUGACAUAUAUCCCAACUGGCAUGGUCAGGAGCUCGGUCAGCAGGUUCAACAGUAUCCCAAAAGAUAAACCCGCUCUCACAAACCUCUUUACCACAACCACAUCCUCCAGUUCUGACCCGUCCUCAGUGGAGUCCCCGUUGACAGUACCCACAGACCAGUUUGAUCACAUGGUCUUUACUGACCCUCUGCGCUCUUUCAAGUCUGAUCAGAGAAGCAUGGGUCCAGAGGACUCUGCAGAGGGCCUCAAGUUCACCUCUCAGAGUCUGGAGGAUACUCCAUUAGAGGAUGAGGAGUUCAGGCCUUCAUCUGAAAUGAUCAAGAUCUGGCAGGUGAUGGAGCGAGAUAUCACCAUAUCCCCGAAUGUUGACAGAGCGUGUGAAGCCCGGAGAAACUUUACCAAGAUCCCAAACAAGAACCAAGACCAGGAAGCAUCUGACCUCAAUACUGACUCACUGGAGUCAAAGAAUCCUUCCUCCCUCACAGUCCUCAAGGUGCCACUUCCUGUUGAGGCUCAGCUAAAGGUGGAGGCCGAGGAAGAAAUGAGCCAGGUGGACGACGUGGACAAAACAAAGAACAAAGUUCUUCAUCUGGCUCGUCAGUACAGUCAGCGACUCAAACCAACCCAACCAGUGGUGCGACAGCGAAUUCAGGGAGUCUUGAUCAGCAAGAAGACCUUACCCUGUGUGGUGGAGGAGACAGAGGUUUCAGAGAAACCAAACCUGACUUUGAAACUGGUGUCUCAGCACAAGUCAUCCUUUACACCAUUGAGCCCCAUAGACCAGAGCCAACCUUCAACCCCCCUCCUCGGUGUGGUCUCCUCAGGUCAGGCUAGCACCUGCAGUCCCAUAAGUCCUCCUCCACCCACAGAAAGCUUCACAUGGCCUGACGUCCGAGAGCUUCGCUCCAAAUACUUGGAACAGAAAGGUCCUGUUGGCCGUAGUCACUCUAUUCCAGAGCAGAUGUUUGGAGAUCUGAGGAGGCACUCCAGCUGCUCCUCAGGCCACUUCCUCUGUAAAGGAACAUCGAUGGAGGUUCCUCCACACGAGCCUUGCAGCAGCCAGGACACAAGCAGCAAACCGCUUCUCAGAGCCAAAUCCCUGGACCCUCAGCUGAGCAGAGUGCGAGUGACAGAGCUUCAGAAGCUCCAGGAACAAGUCGUUGAUAGCAGCCAUCAGGAUUAUUUUAUUGCAGCUGAGACACCGUUACCUGAUGACCCACAACACAAGAUGGUCAUCAUAGAGAAACUUCCAGCACCUGAGUCAGACCCUUCACAAACAGCCCUGAAAACCAAACAAGAAGAAGUAGAAAAUGAUGACAGUUAUGUUCAGAUUCGAUCUCCAACCAGCAGAGAGAAGAUUUCCAUCAUGGCUGUUGCCGAUCGCUGCCGGGCUUAUCAGGAUUCUGAUGAGUACAAACUGAGGGAGGAAGCAAAAGCUCGAAGUGAGUCAGUGAGACCCAGAGAGCUUGAUCAGACGGAAGUGUCUGCUAACAAUCAGAACAAUGAAGAGUUUGUGAGGACAACGUGUGAGCAGAAGACCGAUUCUGCUCAGCAGAGCGUCGUGAAGAAUCUGAGGGAAAAGUUCCAGAAUCUCAGCUGAGUCACGGUUAAUGGAUCAAUGUUUUUAAUAAAUGUAUAAAACCCAAAGAUUUAAACAAAGAUGGCGUCACGUUGGGGAACCAAUGGUCAGUCAGCAAUUUCCUGCCAAAACAACAGCCGAGGACGGUUUUUGAUUGUUUCCAUUAACUGUGACCAAAAUAUUUGUUAAUAUUUCUUGUAAAAUAACACAAUCAGACCUAAAUAAUAGAACGAUGGUUAAGCCCCGCCCUCAAACACAGUCUGGCCAGUCAGAGAUAAAUGACGUUAAUGGA